AUGGGAAUCAGAUUGAAGGGGAUAACUCAGGCCAAACAUAAACUCCAGAGAACUCUUUCAGCGAGAUAUGGAACACUAGUCUCAGCAACUAGUACUCAUGAUGUUCCCAAAGGCCACUUUGCUGUUUAUGUUGGAGAAGCAGAGAAGAAGAGGUUUGUCAUUCCAAUAUCUUACUUGAACCAUCCUUUGUUCCAAGACUUGUUGAACCGAGCCGAGGAAGAAUUCGGGUUCGAUCAUCCUACCGGAGGCCUCUCGAUUCCUUGCAGUGAGGACUAUUUCAGCAGUCUAACUUCAGCUCUAAGUUGUUCAUAA